AUGGACGAAAAGCCCACAGCAGCACGCCUCUCGCGUUCAACCUCGCCAUCUCUCCAAAACACCGCUCUACACUCCGAAGCUGCCCGUAAAUCCUCCAUCACAAGCACAAAUGGCAAAACGAAAACCGAAGAAAUCGCACGCAUCGACGCCCUGGCCACCGCACCCGGUGUGAGCUUGGCAUCCUUCGCACAUCUCGACGAAAAAGCCAUCCUCCGAAAAAUGGACCUGCGAUUAAUCCCCAUGCUCGCCCUCCUCUACCUGCUCUCAUUCCUGGACCGCGGCAACAUAGGAAACGCCAAGAUCGAAGGGCUUACAGAAGACCUGGGCAUGAGCGGCGCGCAGUACAAUUGGUGUUUGACCGUGUUUUUCUUCACGUAUGCUGCGUUCGAGGUGCCGUCGAAUCUGCUUUUGAAGAAACUGCGGCCGAGUGUGUGGUUGCCGACGAUUAUGGUGGCGUGGGGGAUAGUCAUGACGCUGAUGGGCAUAGUGCAGAAUUAUCAUGGACUGCUCAUUGCGAGGAUAUUCCUCGGGGUGACGGAGGCUGGGCUGUUUCCGGGCGUUGCGUAUUAUAUUACGAUGUGGUAUGCGAGGCAUGAAGCCCAGUUUCGACAAGCGCUGUUUUUCAGUGCUGCGAGUGUGGCGGGCGCGUUCUCCGGGCUACUGGCAUAUGGCAUCGCGCACAUGGAUGGUGUAGGAAACAUCGCCGGGUGGAGAUGGAUCUUCAUUCUUGAGGGGAUUCUAACUGUGGUCGUGGCUAUUAUUGCGUACUUUACACUGUACGACUUUCCUGAGACUGCGACGUUUCUGACCGAAGAGGAGCGAGCAUUCGUAGUGUACAGGCUCAAGUACCAAGACUUCAAGGAUGAGGGAGAAGGCGGAGCAGUCAGAGUCGCGCAAGAUGACAGUUUCCAGUGGAAGUUUGUGAAAGCCGCAUUCCUGGACUGGCAGAUCUGGACUAACGUAUGGGUGUAUUGGGGUAAGCUGUCUGAUGGCGUUCUCCAUUUGUGUCGAAUACUGACAAGGACAGGCAUCGUUUGCCCCUUGUACGGAAUCUCGCUAUUCCUUCCUUCAAUUAUUCGCGGCCUUGGAUACACCAGCUCCACAGCGCAACUGUUGACAGUACCAAUUUACAUCACGGCUUCGGUGCUAGCGGUUGCAGUAGCGUGGUUCAGCGAUCGCGUGGGCAAGCGCUACCCAUUUAUCCUCGUAUGCUUGUGCAUCAUGGCGGUCGGAUUUAUCAUGUGUGUUGCAAGCGCGACCCCAGGAGUUAUCUAUGCUGGCGUGUUCAUCGCUGCAUGCGCGUUGUACCCGGCUUUCCCAGGCAACAUCACAUGGCUCAGCAACAGUGAGUUGAACGACACUCGACUUUGUGGCCUGCCGGCGCUGACUCUCUGUUUAGAUCUUGCUGGAUCGACCAAACGAGCCACGGGCCAAGCCAUCCAGAUCGCUGUAGGCAAUCUCGCAGGAGCCCCAGCCAUGGCUUCCAACUUCUAUCGAGCGGAAGACUCGCCACGUUAUAUCCUCGGGCAUGCGCUCGAACUCGGCUUCAUCGGCGCGGGCAUCGUGGCGUUGCUGGUGUUGGUGUUCAACUACAAGCGCAUCAAUAAGAAGCGCGAGAGGCAGAUGGCUGAGGGUGCGCAUAACGGAUACACGCCGGAAGAGCUGGGCGCGUUGGGGGAUCGCGCGGUGACGUAUCGGUACUUCUUGUAG